UCACAAUCUCGUGUCCCAAGAGAACAAGAAUCAAGGAGCGAUUGACCGCCAGAGCACACUCUCAGCUCACUUCAAUUCCCUCAUUUGACUUAUCGCUUUAAUCACGAGACUCGCUAUUCGUCAUGGUGAAGAUUAAGAUGAUCUCGAGGUCGCUCGAUGACCACCUUCCUUCAUCUACUUCGGCUCCCCACCCUCUGCAGCGCAAUUUGGCGCCCCAUCUGCAUCCAUUCGCCAAGCCGCGCGAGUACCAGCGCGCCAUCACGGCUGCAAAGAUGGACCGUAUGUUCGCCAAGCCCUUCGUUGCUUCGCUCGGGGGACAUCAGGACGGUGCAUACUGCCUCGGGAAAGACCCUCGUCGCGUGUCUGUUGUCGCAGCGGGCGGCGGUGAUGGCGAGGUUAUCGUACAUUCGCUCUCGCAACGCCGCUCGUUGCUCAAGAUUGAUGCGCACAAGGGCAUGGUCGGUGGACUCUGUUGGACAUCGGAGGCGCGUGACGGCAAGCGCGGAAUUGUCACAUGCGGCAAGCUUGACGGAACGAUCAAGAUCUGGCGCUCGUCCGCUUUUGCACCGGGCCUCAAGGUCGACACUGAUGAGGGCGGCGACGAGGUGUUGGACACUGCUGGCGCCGUAGGAGAGGAUGACGAUGAGGACCUCGCUAUGGAUGAGGCCAAGCGGCACACCGUUGGGCUCAAUCUCGAACCCAGCAUGGUGUACACGUCCAAAAACGGCUUCAACGGUAUUGACCACCACCGCAGCGAUGCCAUGUUCGCGACCGCAUCGAGCACUGUGCAGAUUUGGGACGAGAACCGCUCCAGCCCACUGUCAACCCUGCAAUUCGGCUCAUCCGUGGAGACAGUCACCUCCGUACGCUUCAACCAGAGUGAGACCAGCGUCCUUGCGUCUGUGGGGACAGACCGUACCAUGUGCCUGUACGACAUCCGCACUGGCAAGGCUGAGCGGCGAGUCAUCAUGAACAUGCGCUCCAACGCUCUCUCGUGGUGCCCCACUCUCCCGACUGUCAUGCUUCUUGCAUCCGAGGACCAGAACCUGUACACGUUCGACAUCCGUAAUCUCGAAUCUCCGACCCAAAUCUACAAGGGUCACGUCGGAGGCGUCAUGGGUUGCGACUGGAGUCCAACAGGAGAGGAGUUUGUGUCAGGAUCCUGGGACCGCACGGUCCGCCUGUGGAAACGCGACACGGGCAAGUCUCGCGACGUCUACCACACCAAGCGCAUGCAGCGCGUCUUCGACGUCACCUACACCCCCACGGCUGACUUUGUGCUCUCGGCAUCAGAUGACGGUAACGUGCGCAUCUGGAAGACGAACGCCUCCCAAAAGCUCGGCCCGGUCUCCACCAAGGAACGCGCGGCCAUGGAGUACCGCCAGAAGCUGGUGGAACAGUGGUCGUCGGAGAAGCACGUCCGCCAAAUCGCCGAGCGCCGUCACCUUCCCGCCAGCGUUCACAACACGCAAAAGCUCAAGCGGGAGAUGCUCGAGUCGCGCAAGGUCAAGGAAGACCGCAGGCGCAAGCAUACCCGUGCGGGCAAGGAGAAGCCCAAGGCCGAGCGCAAGAAGGCCAUCAUCAAGGAGCAAAAGUAGUAUGGAGAAAACAGUCGCGUCGAGUCGACCGAGGGUACAUCGGAACGAUCAGACGUCACCGCAAUCAGCGCGACCCGCACGAGAACCAGGCAACCCGCCGGCACCUCCACUUUCACCUACCCACGUGUUGUACAUUACAUGCCAUCCACCCAUUGAAAUAUCCGCCCCG